CCGUGAAGCUGAUUCUCAUUGUCAGUUAAACUUCACAUCUGUUUACAUCGGAAAGUUGUUCACAAUAGUAGAAGAAGAGAAUAAUAGUGAACGUGUUGAUAUAUGAGUGCACCUAGAAAGAACGACUAUUAAUUCUAAUUUUAUUUAAAAUAUACUUAUUUACCUAUAUACUUUUUGUAUUAUUUGCCUCAGCUGGCAAUGAACUCAAAAUUAAUUCUUGAACUUUUUAUCUUGUUUGGCAUUUUACAUGUAGCAAAUCUUUGGCGUUUUCGAGGGAAGCAACGAUCACCAGUUAUAUUCAUUCCAGGAGAUGGUGGGAGCCAGGUUGAAGCUAAAGUCAAUAAAACAACUGUAGUUCAUUAUCUCUGUGAGAAAACUUCGGCGGAUUACUUUAACAUAUGGCUUAAUCUGGAGCUGUUGGUUCCAAUCAUAAUAGAUUGUUGGAUCGAUAACAUGAAAUUGUAUUACGACAAUAAUACAAGAACAACAAGAAAUGCUGAUGGGGUUGAUAUAAGAAUACCAGGAUGGGGAAAUCCAUAUACAGUAGAAUACUUAGAUCCUAGUAAAGCAUCCCCUGGAUCCUAUUUUAAAGAUAUUGGUAAUAUGCUUGUGAAUGAGCUUGGAUAUGUAAGAAAUGUUUCUAUUCGUGGAGCACCCUAUGACUUCAGAAAAGGACCCCAUGAGAAUGGAGAGUUUUUUGUGAAACUGAAAGAUUUAAUCGAAGAAACUUAUUUAAUGAAUAAUAAAGAGCCAGUAACAUUAAUAGCACACAGUAUGGGAGGACCUAUGUCUCUUGUUUUCCUACAACAACAAAGUCAAAAGUGGAAAGACAAGUAUAUAAAUUGCCUGGUAACAUUAGCUGGAGUAUGGGGAGGUUCUGUGAAAGCUCUUAAAGUUUUUGCUAUAGGGGAUGAUUUGGGCGCAUAUGUACUUCGCGAAAGCACAUUGAAGGACCAACAAAUUACGUGUCCAAGCUUGGGAUGGUUGUUACCCUCGAGUUUAUUUUGGAAGGAUACUGAAGUCCUGGUACAAACGCAACUAAGGAAUUAUACAUUCAAGGAUAUGAAAGACUUCUUAAUAGAUAUAAACGUUCCUAAUGGCUGGGAGUUCCGGAAAGAUACUGAAAAAUAUCAGUUAGAUUUUACUGCUCCAGGCGUAGAGUUGCACUGCUUACACGGAGUCAAAGUGGACACGGUGGAACGAUUAUAUUACAAACCGGGUACCUCGGUCGACGGAUAUCCUCAAUUAAUUCCUGGCGAUGGCGACGGGACAGUUAAUUUAAGAAGUCUAGAAGGUUGUCUACAUUGGCAAGGUAAACAAAGUCGAAAAAUUUAUCAUCAGCCAUUCACGGGUGUUAAUCACAUGCAAAUCUUAAGGGAUGUCAAUGUAUUAAAUUAUAUCAAAACUAUAUUGAAUGUUUAGAAACCUAGUCUAUAUUGUCAUACUUGACGAAGUGAAACUCAAAAACGAAAUUGUAGAUUCGCUGCAAACUCAUGUCAAUAAGUGUUAGAAUCUUCUAGAGAUUAACAAAGAAUCCUCCAUGAUCACAAAAACUUGAAUAAGUUUACUUACGAUCAACAUAGUGCGAUUUGAGUUACUCGCUAUGACAUAAAAAAAUAUCUAAGUCAUUAGACAUCAGAGCAUGUAGAACUGCCGCUUAUAAUAAUGUCGACCGUUCGAGCUUACUAUUUAUAGUGCCAAUUUAUUGUUAAUUACACGCUCGUAAGAAAUCUAACUUUUAACUGAUUUACUCUGAAUAUUUCAAUGAUUAAUGCCUGCUUUAGUUUUAUCACUAAAAUCUCAAAUUAUUUUAUAAAUACGUCUAGGAAGAUAUUAUUUCAUUUGAACAUGAUUAACAACGUGUAUGCAAGUGAAAAAAGUGGUCCAUAUUAAAGAAUAUGUUGUAUAUAUACCUUAUGGUGCCGUAAUAUACUAUUGUAUAAUACUACUAAUGUAAUAAUAUAUGAUCUUAUGCAAUGUCAUGGAAUAAAUGGAAAUUAAAUUAA